AUGGGGAAGGAAGGUUGGUCUCCACAUCUUGGCAGAGGAUACGAGUUCACGUGCUGUCCAGGCGAGAGAACAAGCAUGUGUGGGGAAGACACCUACGCUGGCGUCCUGUCCGUGUGCCUUCUCGUUGUUGGCUUCCUGGGCGCCGCCGCAUGCACAUUCCUCAUCCACCACCUGAAAGGCCACGAGCCCUUGACACCAGAAGACCUUGCCCUCACACAGAACCCCAUCGUGCAUGAAGGUUCUAGGCUUCAUGAAGCAGUCGAGCAACAUAUGUGGUGCGUAACGCUCGACGAUCUCAAGCAGUUUCGUCGCCUUGUUCUUCAUGCCAUCGUGACAGGAAUGAUCAAACCGACAGACCAAGAUCCAUUUGAUGCCACAGACACGCGAAUCGGACCAUCUGUGUACACCGUCAACACGCAAUAUAUCAAGCCGGUGACGGCCGCGGCGGGCAACCCCAGUUGGGCAUUGAUGAUCCACCCACAGGGCCUGAAAUGCGACUUGUUUAUCACACAUGGAUGGGCAGAGGGCAUCUUUGAGUUCUUGGACCAGGUAACAAGCUCGUGGCCAUAUGGUGCAAAAGCCGCCUAUGUCUGCUUCCUCUCGAACCCGCAGAAUUUAGACAUCGGCGGGAUGAUCGCAAGCCCAGAGGAGUCACCCUUUGCCCGGGCGCUGGCAUCUGCGACGCAGGUGCUGGCAGCACCGAAUCACAAGCUCAGUAUCUACACGCGGGCUUGGUGUGUUUUCGAAGCAUAUCUAGCGUACAGCUGGGGCAAAGCCAUCUUCACGGCCAGAGCUUUGCCACCGCAAUGCUGGUCAAGAACACUACGAGCAUCAAGCUGGUCUAUCAUGAUGUUGGGCAUAUGCUUCUGCACGAUGAUGCUGGGAAACAGGGACUGGGCUCUGUUCUCUGGCGACCUCGUCUUCUUGGCGAACAUUGUUUUUGCUUCCCUCGCAUUUCUUCUCGGUAUCUCCUUCCUGUACUUAAUGACGACAGGCAGGUACGAAUGGAAGACCACUGAAGUCGCAGUCUUUGCAUGUAGCACCUUUGUGGCCGCCUACCUGGCGACCAACACAUUCCAGCUGUCUUUCAGGAGGCCUUCCAACUUCGUGCCGGUUUGCCUGGCCCCGUUGUGUGCAUGGGCAAUGGAGUACGAUCGAUUGUUAGGUGCCGAGACCGCAAAGCAAACCCGAUAUUUGCGCGCCGGCUUCACUGGCAAGAUCCGAAACGCGAUGACAUCCAACCCAGCGGAUCUCGAGUCCAUCCGGAACAGCAUCGAAGCAAGCGGAACGGAAGCGGCUGUGGACGAGGCAGUGGCAGUACUCCUCCGGAUGAACAUCUCUACUCCUGAGUUGUGCCUCGCUACAGCCCGCGCGGGCGAGCUGGGAAACGCCUCAAACUGGAGCCGUGGUUUGUUUGCAAUCAGCCUGGUCUUCUGGAUCACACAGGCCUUCAACACCGCUUUGUGGAGGACCGAGCCGGGAUUUGCAUGGAUCCCGCCAGUCGCUGCCGCUGAAGCCCUCGUCGCGGGCAUUGGCUUUCAGUUGAUGCCCCGCGACCGCAUGGCUUUUGCACAAAGAUCUCAGGCAUUUCUUCUGCUUGUGGCUCCCAAAUGGAUUCCUGGAGUUCCCUUCGGUGGCAAGUGGGGUGAUGUCAUUGUGAACGGUGUUGUAUGUCCUUUCGUCAUCCUGGUGGCGUUCGCCGGGCCUUCUUGCACUGCGCGUGUGCCCGUUUUGGGUCCCAUGAUCGUGCGCCUGCUAUUUGGGCGAAAUCCCUUCCAGUACUCUCGGCGCGGCCCUGCUGACCCAGUGCGAAAGCAGAGCGCAGAGAACGGGAGUGCUUCACUUUCGUCUGCAACAGCUCUUGCGGAGAUCGAUGAUUUUGUGUCUAUUUGA